CAACAUUCAGCAUGUUGCUGUCUGUGCUGCUGCUGCUGCUGAUGGUCAGUGGUACAAAACCCGAACAUUAUUAUGGCACUGUGGUGACCUACUACCCAAAGGAAACCUACACAAACGGAUCAGUCUCUGUGAUUCUAAACUUUAAGUUUAACUUCCAUUCCUGCCAAGAGGGUUUGUUUUCUUGCACAGGCAACUGUGCCAAUAAAAGCUUGAUGGUUUCAAAUUCCACCAUUGAGAAAAUCGAUGGCAGCUGGUGUCAAAGGGAAAAAAUCACAUUGAGGCUGUUUUCUAAAAACUCUCCAUUUCAACUUGUGUAUGACAGCGGUAACUGGUUAAUUAAUCAUAAUGGCAUUAAAUCCUGGAGAGCAGUGGUUGAUGUUGAACUGAGACACCGCUCUGACACCAACAAACCCAACUCAUCGCCACAGACCACCAUCUUGCCUGCCUUAAGGGUUCCUUCAAACUGUCAGAGAAAUAUUAACCUGUUGGCCUUUGACCCCGAUGGAGACGAGGUCAAAUGCAGAUAUGCCAGCACUUCCUUGGAAGAAUGCCACUCACCCUGCACACCUCCACCUGUUCUCAGCCUCUCCUCAAAUUGUACCCUGUCAUUCGGUCCAACGUUAUCCCGUAAUGAGGGUUCGUAUGCAGUUCAGAUGGUCAUAGAGGACUUCCCCAGACAACCAAUCACCCUGACUCAAACUGACGGGCCACAUGUUUCCAAAGCUACCCGUGAUGUAAUCAGCAGAAUACCCAUCCAGUUUGCUUUUCUAGGUACAAUCUUACCAAAUUGUUACAAUAUUUACAACCGUAAAGAGCUACUCUAA